GAGGGCGGGAACUCUGGCCCCCACCUGUGAGCCCAGCCCAGCAGGAGUUUCUGUCUCAGAGGCCCGAGAGUAGCUUCUGAUACAGGGAGCAGCAAGGAACUCACCCUGCCAGGACCAGAGAGACUCCAGCCAUGGAGACCCCCGAGCUGGUCUUGCUAUGCCUGCUUAUGGCAGCAGAACCUGUCACCUGUCAACAAGGUCUGGGGAAUCUGGAACCAUGGAUGCAGGGCUUGAUUGCUGUGGCCGUAUUUCUGGCCCUUGUGGCCAUAGCAUUUGCUGUUAAUCACUUCUGGUGCCAGGAGGAUCCGGAGCCUGUGACAACAGUCCUGUCGGUUGGAGCCAAAUCAGACGGGAACUUGGCAGGGGUGGAUGGAAAGUAUUCGACAAUGGCUUUGAAUUUCAGGUCCAGUGAGCACAAAAAUGCCUACGAGAAUGAGAACGUGAUGGAAGAUAUCCCAGGAGUCCGUAGCACCCCCAUGUGACCUUCCCAACCCAUCUCCCUGCCCCUCCUUGGUUCCCCUCCUGGCCAAACCACCAUCUCUGAAGGUUCCUUGGGCACUUCUUGAAGAGAUCACCACUGCUUCCUUCUCAAACAUUGUAUAUUUUUUGGGCUUCACCUGUAAUCAUGAGUCACCCUCCCUCUGAGCCAUUUAUACCCCCUCACCCCAUCUCCUUUGUCAGGGUUUGAUUUGGGGCCAGGGCCAGGAUUCAAGUUGGGAUUGGGCUUAGGGGUCAGUCUGGAGCUUGAUGCACACUGUCCUGGUCUGGGCUCCUUCUAAGUCUUUGGUCUCUGCAGUGGUGAGCUUUGAUCAGGUGAGGUUAAAUUUGGUCCCAAAUAAUAAUGCCCCUUCUUUUGAAAUGGCUUUUAUUUCUGUGAAAUAAAGACAUUUUGUACUUGUUGUCAUCAA